UCGCCAUUUCCGCCACGAACGCUGGCCGAUAGUCUUGUGUGUAAAACUGUGAAAUUGGAGGUUAUAGUGCUAAUUUUCUUGUUAUUUGUGCACGUAAAUUAGCUAAAAAGGCUCCAGGAACGUUGACCGACAGUCUGGCGUCAAAAUAGCACUGAAAGUGCAUGUAAUGACUGCCAAUUACCCCAGAAAUGAAGAUAGACAAUAACCAACACACAAAAAACAGAGGAAUCAGUUAUACAGUGCAGUGCGACAGUACCUACUCAUAUAUAAACUCUUUGCUUUAAACCUUUUUUAAUUUUACUUUUUCUAAGCUCAAACAGCCAGUAUUUAAAAAGUUAAAAAUAGUUUUUUUCUUUAUUUAAGUAAGUGUUGACAUUUUUAAGUUAGUUAUAGUGUAUGGAUUGUGGCGGGUCGUGUUAGUGUAGUGUUGCAAGCAUGAAAAUACCAGAGACGUCAGCAAACGUUGGAGCUUAUUAUGGCAAUGAGGAAAACGGACAGUGGCAGCCUAACGGCGUGAUAGUGGACAGCGGCGUGGGAGGCGGCGUGGUCGGCAGCGGCGACGCGGGCGUGCACCGCGCGCCCGUGUACCCCAUGCACGUGCCACGCAAUCACAUCCCCGGUGAGUGCGGCUACGUGAUGGCGGGCGCGUACUACCCGGCAGCGUACCCCGCUGCGCCGGCGCAAGACGACUUCGCCGACUACAUGUGGAUGGAGCAUGAGGAAGAAUUUGACAAACAGGUGAUGCAACAACUAGAAGAAGAAGCCCUAAUGGAGCAGUGUAUAGAGGCCAUGUUAGAGGACGAGCAGAGGGAGAGACAGAGGCCGGAGCGGGAGAGGCCGCGGCGGGAGGAGAGGCCCAACGCCAACGGACACAACCACAACUAUCCCACGACAAGCAACGGAGCGUCGCUAUCGUUAGAAGAAACGGUGUCUCGCUCCACACUCAACCCGCUGGCAGCAGAGUUCGUGCCCACCAGGAGUCGAUACCAGCCCCCCACAGAAGACAAGUCGGAAGCCCCGGGCGAGGCGGAGCCCCCCGCGCCCGCCGCGGAGGCCGAGCCCGCGCCCGCUGAAGACACCCACAAAGACGAGUCACAAGCAACCCCGGAGCCACCGGAGGUGAGCGCCGCGGACGUGGCGGACAAGACCCCGGCCCGGACGAAAGACAAGAAACCGGACGCCAAGAAACCGGUAAAGCAGGACGUGAAGAAGACCAAACCGCAAGUCACCAAGUCGGAUACUAAAGUCCAGCCUAAAAAGAAGGAAGUGAAGACAGUGAAGAGCGAGGUGAAGGUGGCGGACACGCCCGCCCCCGCGCCCGCGCCUGUGGAGCCCCCGCCAGCGCCCGUCGCUACGGAACCUAGCAAGGCCACGCUACCGUCGCCGACAGAGGAUACGGGGCCGAAGCCAAUCAACUAUGCGGCCGCCGCGAAGGCUAACAAGCCCAAGAAGCCCACCACUCCCCCGACAGACGCGGCCACAACCCUGGACAAACACAAGAAAACAGAGAAGCCCCCAGUGAAGGCAGCUAAAACGGAAAAACGCAAAAGCUUAACGAACGGCGAUAGCAACACAGCUCUACGACCGACUGACUGACCCCAGUGUUGCCACCCUUCGCAUCACAAGUCAACAUCAGGUGAAGAUUUAAAAUUAGAAUUACACUCCAGGUCUUUUAAAAAGUUACAAAAGGAGGCGGUGAAAUCUUGAAUCUUGAUUUGUCAAUGUAUGUAUACUAUUUGUAUACUGACAUUAUAUUUAUAUUGUAUAUGACUAUCACUUAUUCAACUCAUGCGUUUGUAGAACUCAAAUUUAGUGUCUAUGUUUAUUAUUUCGGAGAGUUUUUUGUAAACAAUUACCGGCCGAUAGGUUACUUUAGUAAAAAAUGAAUUUGUGCUUGAAUUUGUAAAGUGUAUAUUCAUUAGUGUACAUUGACACGAAAAAACUAGAUGUAACAAAAAGACGGGAUUAUCUCUAGAAGAGAUCUCUUUCAGCCAACCCUGCGUGGUGUAGUAUACUCAACUUGUUAUUAAGUAUAUAGAUAUCGACGUAUUUAGUUUAUUUGAAAAAAAUGAAACUUGAAUGCUAUAGUGAUUUGCCUACAAGUAACUUUCUAAAUUAUUGUCAGAGUUAUUGAUAAAGGUUUUGAAGUCAGCUUUCCACCCUCCGUUUUAUUUUAAAGAGGCAAUAAUUAUUAUUAUAAAUAAAAAAAUAAAAUAAAAAAUAGUAUGUGAUAUUUCCAUAUAAAGUUGCAUUUUCUUUUGUAAACUGAAAUGAGAAAAAAAAAUAAAAAAAUAGUGUAUAGAUGGUAAUGUUAUGUGAAUAUAUAAGGGAAAUUAAAAAAUAAAAUUAUGUUAGUUUACAUGUAAAAUGGCUUGGGGUAGGAUUAGAAAUUAAGUGUAUUCUUUGGACCUAAACCUAAAUUUAUACACAAUAAAAUCUUUAUCUUUUCUUUUUAUCUUACAGGAUUAUUAUACUUCGUUCUAUUAUCUCAGAUGACCUUUACAAUUUGUCCGGACAAAUUGUGGCAUUAUUAUUUUAUUAAAAAAAAGGUAAAUUUAAAUUUCUAAUCCUAACCGAAGGGAACGAAGCGAAAAUUCACUCAAAAUUAUGUAUGGAAUAAUAACUGUAUGGAAAGAAAAUUAAUGUAUUGAAAUGUAUUUGGUUUCGAUGAAAAAUUAAUCUUAUAGCUUCACUGUUAGUGACUAUUUCUUUUAAUGUAUUAAAAGCUACUGUACGAUAAAGUACAGAUAAUUAUUGUUUGCUCGUGUUGUUAGAGUGAAAGCACCGUACAAUAGGUAUAUGAGUGCGAGAGAGAUAGAAAAUAUGGCGUAGUCUAUGAUAAUAUAGAUUUUAUACUGCGGCAAAGAAAGCUUUUGCACGUGUUUGAUUGUCACGUCCGUAAGUUUGUGGCAUGUUUUGGCACGUUCUUGUCCCUAGAAUGACUGAAACACAUAGAAAAAAUGACUUGGCUGUAUCGACGUAGUUCCCUUUGCCUUGCCCGGGAAACCAAAACAAAAAAGGCAUGAUUUUGUAUAGAAUAUUGAGUGAGUUUUCGCUUUAAAAAAUAGCCUAGAAUUGUAAGGCUGUCCAAUAAUUAUCCUAAUGUAGCUUAAAAUAAUUGAAAUUAAAAAAAAAGUUGUGUAUAUGGUAUAAUAAAAAAAAAUGUAUAGUAAAAAAAUUGCACGUAAGGUUUUUUAAAUGGGUAUUUCACCUGUGGGUUGCUGUUUUGCGGAAGGUGUUGCCAGCCGCAAAAUUACCAUUUGGUAGAAUGGUAGAAUUUUUUUCUCACCGACAGGGAACUGUAAUUUAGGUUUUGUUUCUAAAGUUAUCGUUUUUUUUAGUUUAAGAUAGACACUGGAAUAUAUGAUUAUUUUUGUUUAGUUUUAAAUUUUUGAGGCGCGACAGUUUGUAGUAUUCGAAUGUUUAGGUAUUAAAUUUGGAUAAAAUCCAUCUUUUCUUUGCUUUCUUCUUUUCUUUUUUUUUUUCUUCGGAAAUGCCGUUACGGCACGUCUUUUUUUUAUUUAUUACUAAAUGUUUCGGAUGUAAUUUGAGUGCUACAGAUUAUCGCGAAUUACCUCUUAUGAGCUCAUAAACAUAUAUAUAAGCACUGUUUAAAACUAUAAUUUUGUCUAUGACACCCGUAUUUGUAAAUGUUAACUCCAACCAGCGUUGCCAGAUUUGCCAAGUCGGGAUUUUGGAACUUUUUGAGUGACAAAAGCGGGAUUCUUUCGUCGAAAGCGGGACUAAGAAAAGAGAGAAGGAGAUGUCGCAGUCGCACGCACCGGUUGCGUGACGCACCUCUCAUGUCGUGAACCAUACAUAAUCAUGUAAGGUCACGAAUUAUCUGAAUUCUGAAUCACAUUCCAAAACUGAAAUGUGUCAUAGUUAUAUGAAUACCUGUGGGGCAAAAUACCCACAAAUGGGCAACAUGCCCAUAGCUGUCUAAAUAUAGGGUAAAAACCCCACGAUGUUAGAAUAUGGGAUUAGAAUGUUUCAUAGUUAUAUGAAUACCUAUGGGGCAAAAUACCCACAAAUGGGCAACGUGCCCAUAGCUGUCUAAAUAUAGGGUAAAAAACCCACGAUGUUAGAAUAUGGGAUUAGAAUGUUUCAUAGUUAUAUGAAUACCUAUGGGGCAAAAUACCCACAAAUGGGCAACGUGCCCAUAGCUGUCUAAAUUUAAAAAACACCCACGAUGUUAGAAUAUGGAACAUUCUCGCGCGCUUAUCAUCAUUAUGCGCCGGCCAGGCGGCCAGUCCACACUUUUCUGUGCCAUCGGCCCGCGCUUUCUCAGUACGUUGCACGCACGGUCGGGCUAUUCCCGAAAAGCGGGACUGAGCCUGUCCCUUUCUGUUUAAAAAUCGGGACGUUUGGCAACGCUGACUCCAAUUUUCCUCGACUCUGUGUACACAGUUGAGCCGACCUCAAGGUCUUCGAACUCAGCUCAGAAUCGGUAUUCUUAGACGCGUCAACCUUAACUAGAGUUUACUACAGUGAAGCAUGACGUCAUAAUUUUCGUAUUAUCAUGUUGGCAGUAUGACAUGCUCGACUCCAGUGUAAAUGUCAAAAAAGCUCAGCUGAGGCCGAGUCUAGUGGAGGAAGUCGAGUUAACAUCUUAAGAUACGGGUAUAACUUUAUAUUAGUCAGUCGUAAAUUAGAAAUAUGUUUAAAUAUUACAAGAAUAAUUACCUAAUUCGUACACAAAACCACCAGUUUUAGAAUGAAUAUAUUAAUUAUAAAAUACAGUCGCUAUUUAUAUUAAUUAAUACAUUAUUUUAACAUAUUAACAAUAAAUUUAGAAAAUCUAUUGUCAGCAAUUCGCGCGUUAUCUGUUUGAUCCCGUUUAAAUAUUUAUUCAAGUAAAUAUCUCAAAACCCUAUUGGGGUUAAACCACAUUUUUCAGCACCUCAGCGCGUAUGCUUCUAUCUGAUACCUAUUUCUACCAAAGUAUUUCUCCCAGGAGAAAUAGAUUUCCAUUCAUUCUACUGUUCUAUUCUAUUUAGAUACUUUGGUAGAAAUAGGAAAUACCGCUUCUAUCUCUUUUCUAAUCUCAUAUCUUUCCUUUUUUAACAGCCUCCGUGGUCCAGUGGUUGAGCGUUGGGCUCACGAUCCGGAGGUCCCGGGUUCGAAUCCCUGUGGGGGGACAUAUCACAGAAAUCACUUUGUGAUCCCUAGUUUGGUUAGGACAUUACAGGCUGAUUGUCCAAAAUGGUAAGAUGAUCCGCGCUUCGGAAGGCACGUUAAGCCGUUGGUCCCGGUUACUACUUACUGAUGUAAGUAUGUAGUCGUUACAUGAACCAUGUCAAGGGCCUUUGGCGGCUGAAUAGUAACCCUGACACCAGGGUUGAUGGGGUUGGUACUCCACCUCACAACCCACACGAUAGAAGAUCCUUUUCUGUUACUCAGAAUCGUUAUUUGCGAUCGUUAGAGCGAGAAAGAACGCUCGCAUGCUUACGCUAUCGACUCUGCCGCGUGCGGUCACUAUCUCUCUCUAGCCAAUGACGUUUCUGACUAACAGAAAAGGAUGAAGCAUACAAAAGUGCUAUUUGGUGCUGACAAAUGUUGGCCCUACUUAUAUUUAAAUUGUUUGUAUUGCAUCACUGUUAAUUUCGUCUGCAACUUUGCCGUGUUUUAAAUCAGACGUCGGCCCCGAUUCCUGCAGACACCGCCUAAUUUUAUUUUAAGUUAUACCAGUCAUUUUCUUAUCCGUUGAAAAGGAAAGGGAUAAUCGACAGGCAUAAAAUUUAUAGAAGACACGUCAGUUUUAUGCGCAAAUUUAAGAAGCCCUUCCAAAAUUUUAUAUUGGCCAAUAACCCGACAGAAUUAAGUGAAUAAGAAUUAAACCCCCUAGUAGUCAAUCAUCCGUCCCUUUCCUUUUCGGUGGAUAAGAAAAUGACAGGUAGGUCAGGUAAUUUUAUAAGUUAUAAAAUGAACUUAUAAAAUUAUGCCUGCAGACAUCGGCCACUAAUAGCAGUUUGUAUAGAAAAAUAUAGCUUGACGACGAUAAAUCCUCAAUAGUUGAACCUCGAGCAUGUAUAUAGAAAAUUACGUAAACAUAGAAUACAGUACGCGUUUCUCGUCACUUUAGAUUUAUUUCACACAUUUCUUUUUUUUUUUUUUUUGACGUGACUUAUUGUAGAGUCGUGUGGGUUGUGAGGUGGAUUACCAACCCCAUCAACCCUGGUGUCAGGGUUACUAUUGAGCCGCCAAAGACCCCUGACAUGACUAACGACUACUAACUUACAUCAGUAAAUAGUUACCGGGACCAAUGGCGGGCGUAACGUGUCUUCUGAAGCACGGAUCGUCACAAAAGGCUGUAAUUAAUUCUGGGAUUAAAAGUCCUUAUUCCAAAACCUAUAAAUAGUCACUGUGGUCACUUGCUUCUCGAACUGGGAGUGCCGGUUCGUAGCCCCCGGACUUGCACUAAUAAGUUAAUUUAUCUCAGUGCACAGUUCACUAACACAGUUGUCUCGACCAUUAUAGACGGCGAUACGGCUCACCUAUCACGUCGGUCUAACAGAAAGCUCGGUAAGUGGGUACAUAGUUCAUCUUGCGAUGGAUGUACCUCUGCCUACCCCAAUUGGGAUAGAGUCGUGAGCUUAUGUUAUGUAUAACCUAAAUUCCAGUUGCACACACCUUUAACACUUUCAAGGACAGAACGUCUACGGACGUACCAAGGUUCCAAAUAGACAUAACAUAACAUAAAUAGCCUAUAUACGUCCCACUGCUGGGCACAGGCCUCCCCUCAAUCAACCGGAGAGGGUAUGGAGCAUACUCCACCACGCUGCUCCACUGCGGGUUGGUGGUGUUUUUUUUUACGGCUAACAGCCGGGACCAACGGCUUAACGUAAAAUAGAAUCAAUUUUAAUUUAUACGCCGAUAAACACAGCACUACUUAUAAUGACAAGUCAAGAUAAAAGGUGUUGUAUUGUUAGCGGUGUGAUAAACAAGAAAAAACAUCCUGUUUGUCAUACUGGUGUGACAACCUGGUGUGACCACGAGUCCGGAGGGGUCAUACUACCUAUUAUGAACCAUCAAUGACCAUCAUCUCUGUCCGUGAAAGGGUUAAGAUACAUUUAUCGCCGUCAAGUUGUCCCGCCAUCUUUAUUUCCCUAAAAUUCUUAACUAUAUAGCAUAGUAAUUUUACGGUAUAUAUAUAAA